UAAAAAUACAUUUCAGUUGAACCUGAUUACAUGGUUCCUUUGCCUCAGCUGCUAUGUACAGUCACUGUGUCAUGUUCUGGGUGUUCUCAGGAGCUUACAGAAAGCAGAAUGCAGCUACAUUUACAUUGAUAUUGGCAAGGAGAGCGGCCUCGGGAUUUGCUGUUGAUAUGAGGUGUAAUGUGUGUCUUUCCGAGGUGCUCAGGGCUCCGUAUGUGUGGAAAGAGAACGAGCACUGAACCUUGGAGCUAUCAGGAGCAGAGGGUGGAGGUUUACAAGCAGAUCUCAAUAUUGAUUGCACUAAUAAUUUCCUCCCAGUAACUUUUUUCAGCAAUCCUGGCUCUUCCCCACAUGGCAUGUGUUAGUGUUUAACCAGCGUGCAGGAGGCAAAGAGUAACCCAGUCGCUGAUCCAGUCGCAGCUUUCCACCAUCCAACAUGAAGACCUACGGCAAAAUCUUCUGCAAAAUCCGCAGAGUCAUUUCCAUCCGCAACAGGUGGGCACGGGAAGCCCUGGCAGAGCUCCUAUCCACCUUCAUCAUGAUGCUCUUCGGACUGGGAUCUGUGGCUCAAGUGGUUUUAGGAAGACAUCAGUUUGGCCAAUAUCUCAGCAUUAAUCUCUCGUUCGGGUUUGGAGUCACAAUGGGAAUCCAUGUGGCCGGAGGAAUUUCUGGUGCUCAUAUGAACUCAGCUGUGUCACUAACAAAUGCCGUUCUGGGAAAUCUGCCUUGGAAAAAACUGCCAGUUUAUGUACUGGCCCAAAUGCUCGGCUCCUUCCUGGCAGCUGUAGUGGUGUAUUGUCUCUAUUCUGAGGCCAUGUACAACUACUGCGGCGGCAACUUCACAGUGACAGGUCCAAAUGAGACAGCCAGUAUUUUUGCCACAUACCCACAGCCCUACCUCUCCAUUGGAGGAGGGUUCUUGGACCAGGUCAUUGGCACAGGAGCCUUGUUACUUUGCCUCCUUGCAAUUGGUGACAUUAGGAAUAGCCCGGCCCUGAGGGGAACUGAAGCUCUUAUAGUAGGACUGUUGGUCACUGUUAUUGGGAUGUCCAUGGGAAUGAAUUCCGGAUAUGCCAUCAACCCAGCAAGGGAUCUUGGGCCCCGAGUCUUUACUGCCAUUGCUGGAUGGGGAAUAGAAGUAUUCCGAGCCGGACAUUACUGGAGCUGGGUGCCUAUUGUGGCUCCCUGUGUUGGUGGCCUGACUGGUGCCUUUCUGUACAAGCUGCUAGUUGGGCUACACCAUCAGCCAGAAGAAGAAGAAGAGACCAAAGUAGAGGAGAUGGAGAAAGGAAACCAAGAGACUUUCAGCGAGUUCAUGUGAAAUCAUGGGCAGCAAUGGAGAUGGCAUCAACAGAACCGGCUGGACCGUAACCUUGUGGCCAUCAGCAGGACACGUGCAAAGCCCUUGUAGUGGCUGUCAGUAUACACAGCAGUUACACUCUACCAUAUACACAGCUCUAUACAUGUGCAGUGUGAGCAGCUGGUGAAUACCGGCCCAGGCAGCCUUUCCCUCUUGGCUCAGAGAUUCCUGGGGAGAAGCAGCAGUGCACUUGGGGGAAUUAUUUCCUUGGGAGAAGCAGCAGUGCACUUGGGGGAAUUAUUUCCUGGGGAGAAGCAGCAGUGCACUUGGGGGAAUUAUUUCCUUGGGAGAAGCAGCAGUGCACUUGGGGGAAUUAUUUCCUGGGGAGAAGCAGCAGUGCACUUGGGGGAAUUAUUUCCUGGGGAGAAGCAGCAGUGCACUCGGGGGAAUUAUUUCCUGGGGAGAAGCAGCAGUGCACUUGUGGGAAUAAGGCAGAGGCCGGCUCCAUUCAGUGAAUGAAACAAUACAGCUUGUAUGCAGCAUCCCUUAUUUAUGGUUGCAAUAUAGAGUCCAUAGGGAAUAUACAGUAUAUACAUACUAUAUUGAGUUGUAUACAGCUCAAUGCAACAAUACAUUUCUGCAUAGUAACCACUUUCAGCAUCAUUUAGUGAGUUCUGGGGAAUCACUAGGGGGGGGGCAAAACAGAUAGAAAUUUGCCCCUGUAUUAAUGCCCUAAAAAUGUUGCUGUAGCAUUCAGCAUUCUUAGGGUGAUUUUAAUAUUUAAAGGGGAUGUUCACCUUUACAUUAACUGUUAGUAUGCAUUUGGUU